CCUUUUACAAAAGCCAAGACGCCGCUUUUAUUGUAAUUUAUUUUUGUGUGUCUGUUUUAUUUUUUUUCUUAAAAAACACACACACAUACAUAUAUACUUAAUUAUAAAUUAAGCAGAAUGGCAAAGCUGGAUGUCAGCAGCCAAAAAAUAUUACUUAAAAGAGCCAUUCUCGGCUUAAUUGCUGUUGCCGCCUUUUCGUCACGUCUAUUUAGUGUUGUUCGAUAUGAGUCUAUUAUUCACGAAUUUGAUCCUUGGUUCAACUAUCGUGCUACACGAAUGCUAGUUAAAGAUGGUUUUUAUGAAUUUUGGAAUUGGUUUGAUGAUCGUUCUUGGUAUCCGCUUGGACGCGUUGUGGGUGGUACUGUCUAUCCAGGUUUAAUGGUCACGGCUGCGACGAUUCAUAAUAUUCUUCAUUUUCUCAAUUUCCCAGUUGACAUUCGUAACAUCUGUGUCCUUUUAGCCCCCAUGUUUUCAGGAUUAACCGCCUUUGCAACUUAUCUUUUAACAAAGGAAUUAAAAGAUAGUUCUGCAGGUUUAUUAGCAGCCGUCUUUAUUGGUCUUGCACCAGGUUAUAUCUCUCGAUCUGUAGCGGGUUCUUAUGAUAAUGAAGCGAUUGCUAUCUUUUUAUUAAUGUUCACUUUCUUCCUUUGGAUUAAAGCCCUCAAAUUGGGUUCUGCUCUUUGGGCUUCAGCAGCUGCCUUUUUUUAUUUUUAUAUGGUGGCUGCCUGGGGGGGUUAUGUAUUUAUUAUCAACAUUAUUCCUUUACAUGUCUUUGUCUUGAUGUUGAUGGGUCGUUUCUCAAAUCGUAUCUAUGUUUCGUACUCUACGUUUUAUAUCUUGGGUACAUUAAUGUCCAUGCAAAUUCCCUUUGUUGGCUUCCAACCUACUCGUACAUCUGAACACAUGGCUGCUUUAGGUGUCUUUGGCCUUUGCCAAAUUCUUGGUUUCAUUCAGCUCUUACGUAGUCAUCUUCAAGCUAAACAAUUCCAAAUCAUUCUCAGGGCCUUUGUAUUCAUUGCCUUUGUCUUGGGUCUAUCAGCUCUCAUCUUGUUAACCAUGAGUGGUUACAUUGCCCCUUGGACAGGUCGAUUCUAUUCACUUUGGGAUACGGGUUAUGCUAAGGUACACAUCCCUAUCAUUGCCUCCGUAUCUGAGCAUCAACCUACUGCUUGGCCUAUGUUCUUUUUCGAUCUACAGAUGCUUAUCUUUGCUUUCCCUGUAGGCAUUUAUUUGUGUUUCCGAAAAUUACAGGAUGAACAUGUGUUUGUGAUCGUGUAUGGUAUCUUUGCUUCUUACUUUGCCGGUGUGAUGGUGCGUUUGAUGUUGACCUUGACACCCGUUGUCUGUGUCUGUGGUGGUAUGGCUAUCUCUACAUUAUUAGAUACCUAUCUUGAUAUGAGUCCGAAGUCUACAUCAGAUCAACAAGGCCCACAAAAGAAAAAGAAGAAUGGGUCGUCAUCUCAUGAUAGUAAUGAUGAUAAAAGGAGAUCGCGUAUCAUUGGUAAAGAUACUCGUAUCUUGGUUGUCGGUCUAUUUAGCUUUUUCCUUGCCAUGUUUGUCUGGCAUUGUACUUGGGUUACCUCGAAUGCCUAUUCUUCCCCUUCUGUCGUCCUUGCCUCUCGUAACCCUGAUGGUUCACAACGUAUCAUUGAUGACUUUAGAGAGGCCUACUAUUGGUUACGUAAGAAUACGGAUGAGGAUGCCAAGAUCAUGUCAUGGUGGGACUAUGGUUAUCAAAUUGCCGGCUUCUCGAAUCGUACGACACUUGUCGAUAACAAUACAUGGAAUAAUACCCACAUCGCCACUGUAGGACGUGCGAUGUCAACAAAUGAAGCUGAUGCGUAUGAAAUCAUGAAGAAACAUGAUGUUGACUAUGUACUCGUCAUCUUUGGGGGUCUCCUGGGUUAUUCAGGUGAUGAUAUCAAUAAAUUCUUAUGGAUGAUUCGAAUCGCUCAGGGCAUCUGGCCUGACAAGAUCAAGGAAGCGGAUUAUUUCACACCCCAGGGGGACUAUCGAGUCGAUGAGCAUGCCUCAAAGGCGAUGAGGGAAUCAUUAAUGUACAAGAUGAGUUAUUAUCGAUUCCAUGAAAUGUUUGGGGGUCGACAACCCUUUGAUCGUGUACGUAAUCAACCUUUACCUAUGAAGGGUCCUGAGUUAUCUGUAUUAGAUGAGGCCUUUACGUCUGAAAAUUGGAUUGUUCGAAUUUACAAGGUGAAAGAGUAUGAUAACUUGGGAAGAGAUCAUCAUCAGGCUAUGGAAUUUGAAGCCGGUAAAAAGAAAAUAAAGUCAAAGAAGAGUCAUAAAAAGAGUCAUGAUCGUAGAAGAAGAGCAGCCGCUGCCUAUGAUGAUUUAGAUUAAAAAAGAAAAAAAACAAAAAGGAAUAUAAUAUUAAAAAGAAAAAAAAAUGAAAUAAAAAAAUGAUAUAUUAUAAAUACAAA